GUCCUGGAGGAGACGUCACGGCGUCCAGUCUCCGCUGCUGGGAUCCUGGGAUGUGCACGGAGGAGGGAGCGGUGACUCACCCCGCACACUGCUCACCGCUGCGGACAGCACCGGCUCAUGAUUUGGUGAAUAGAUAAGAAAUGCUGCUAAUAACAACAUAGCAAACCCAGAGAAUGUGGCGUAUUUUCAGUGUGGUCAACGUGCUGGCUGCUCUGCUGCACCAUGUCUGCGGUCAGGACUCGGCGUCUUCAGAUUUUUUCAAGAACCUUCACUGCGUCACGCAUGAUUUUCUGAACAUGUCCUGUCAGUGGGACACACCUCAUCCUCCUGACCAGCAAAUCACCUACAGGGUUUGUUCUAGGUCCGCUAUCCCGCCCAUGUGUUUCGACACAACUGGAAACAAGCUAGAAGUGCCGUUUCAGGUUUUCUCAACGUCUGAUAUACACGUAGAGGCCAAAGAUGGUUCAGAGAACCGAUCAGUACGCAUCCAGAAGCCCACCUCAGAUAUUCCUUUUGUUCCGUACCCGCCGGAGAUUCGCUCCCUGGACGCCGACUAUCAGUCUGACAUGCUGCUGGUGGAGUGGACGGCGAAUUCAUCUUCUAUCCUAGAGGAAGCGAGAUUGACCUGCGAGAUGAAUGUGCUGCGUGGAGAAGACCUAGUUGUCCAAAAUGAGACGGUGGUGGUGUAUUGGGAUACUGCGGUCAAGGUGUUCCACUGGAAUUGGACGUCUGAUUUCCCUUUAAAUUGCUCAUCGCACUCGGUGAGGGUCCGGUGCUUUGUCCAUGAAGAGUACUACGAUGGUGAAAUAAGGAUGAGCGACUGGAGUGCCACCAAAACAAUCAGCGGUAACAUUAGUGAAAACUGGGUCUUUCCUCAAGAUAUAGUCGUUCCUGUCGGCUCAGAUGUGAACUUCUGCUGUCGAGUCGUAAGCGGAAAACCAAUACAAUCCAUUACGUUCAAGUCCGAUAAGUGUCCGCUAGUAGAGCUGGGAAACAGCAGCCGCGGGAUCCGAUUGACGAAUCUACAGAUGUCUGAACCCAGCGGAGACAAUAUCUUCUGUGACGUCCACGAUGACCUGGAGCCUGCCGGGACUGUCGUAUUUGUCGGACAUCCUCCGGACAAGCCCCAAGGACUCAGCUGUGAAGCGCGCCACCUCAAGGUGAUCAACUGUACCUGGAAGGCAGGCCGGAGCACUGGACUGUACGGCGAGCGCGGGACAAAGUACACGCUGUAUGAAAGGUUCUCAGGAAUUAACACUUCAUGUUCUGGAUACAAAGAAGAUCUGGAUGAAUUCAACUGCAGCUACGACAUAAAGAAGGAACAGGAGCUUCACGAAUUCUUGCUCCUCGCCGGGAAUCCAUUGGGAACAGCCAACGCCUCUCUGGCCAUUAAUGUCACUGAAAGAAUUCAUCCACUGCGUAUUGAAAAUAUCAUAUUCCGUGGCUCAAGCCCUACCGAAGUUUACCUCUCCUGGUUGAUGCCUGGAACGUAUACAUCCAUUAAUCUAUUAUGUGAAGUUGAAAUUAAGCCCGUCCACGGCGAGGCGGAGACGCGCAAUGUUACCUUCAGUGGGUUAAAGGAUGCCCAGUAUCACUGCGUCAUAGACCGGCUGCACCCGUUUCAUGUCUAUGACUUUCGCGUUCGAUGCGCGUCUUCUGAUCGUUUUUGGAAGUGGAGCGAUUGGAGCAGCAGGAACAGUCACAACACGUCAGCUGCAGCUCCUUCGAGAAAGCUGGAUAUUUGGAGAGAAGUCGUCCAGACCCCAAAAGGGCGUGAAAUAAAAGUGUACUGGAAGCACUUAACAGUCAGAGAAGCUAAUGGGUUAGUGACCUCCUAUAAAGUGACGUGGCGACCCCUGACUGGUGCUGGCUUGUCCCAGGAGAGAUCACUGCUUGCCAACCUCAACAUGACGAGUAUAUAUCUGAACAGCAGCGAUGAUCAGGAUUAUGAAAUUAAAGUGACAGCCAUCAAUUCUGCUGGAUUUUCACCGCCGUCCAGGAUAACGACUGUGCUGCUGUCAAGUGUUGUCAAUGUAGAGAAUCUUGAGGGGGAAGGUAAUGGCAUCAACGUGACCUGGAGUCCAAACCCGAAUGCCUCCUGUGGAUAUUUGGUAAAAUGGACCCCAUCCUUUCACCGUCUAGACUCAUCGCCCAUGUGGAGAAGGUUUUCCUCAAAUGCAGCAAGCGGCUUCAUCAGCUCAAAACAUUUCCAGGCUGGGCUGAGAUACAAUGUAUCCCUGUACGGCUGCAAGAACGACGACCACCAGUUACUGAAGGAGAUGGUCGUGUAUGCUGAGGAACUAGCUCCUUUAGUGGCUCCGAAUUUCACCGUGCAGGAGACGACGUCCAGGUCCAUCCUGGUGAAAUGGGAGGCCAUAUCUGAAGAAAACCAGCGCGGCUUCCUGCAGGGCUACCUGUUCUACGUCAUGAAACAGCAAAAUGACUCGUCCUUCGCAAGGUUCCCGGAUAUGGUUCGUAACACAGAAACAAAAAUUAAGAACAUCACUGACCCAGCAGUGCGGGCAUUAAAGAUCGAUGACCUGCAGAGCGGGACAAGUUAUACCCUGGGGUUACAAGCCUAUACCAAAGGAGGGAUGGGCCCCAUCAAGUCCUUCUCUGUUUUGACCAAUGACAAUGCUGUCGGUCUAAUACUCGCCAUCCUAAUUCCGAUUGUGGUAGCGGUCGUACUUGGCAUUGUGACCACUGCCAUAUGUUACCAGAAAAGAGAAUGGAUCAAAAAAACCUUCUAUCCUGAUAUCCCAAAUCCAGGAGACAGUAAAGCUCUGCAGUUCCCGAAGAACGUCUCUGAGGGAAGCAAAGCCAUAAAGACUCUGGAGAUGAACCGGUGCACCCCCAGCAGUGUCGAAGUGGUAGAACCAUUUCCGAAAAUCCUAGACACAGAGCUUAGUUCCCCAUUGGAAGACUGUGAUCAGAUUCUGGAGGACGGCUCAGAGACUGGGGAGGAUAAUCACGCUGGUAUUAUAUAUACCCAGGCCACCACUCAUGAAGAUACUUCCAACCCAAUGCUGAAUGGGUCUGCCUCACCAUCUGUGGUGUAUAUCGACGUCCAGUCCAUGUACCAGCCGCAGGCCAGUUCAGAAGAUGAACCAGAUGUCGACUUAGUGGAUGGCGCCGGAUAUAAACCACAAAUGCAGUUGCCUAUUGGUGCUGUGAACAUGGACAACCAGGCUUCUACAGAAGAUGACCUUGCGGCAUCUUCAGGUUACAGACCUCAGGGACAAAUCGAUACCUGGACCCCUGAUUCUCCAGGUUCUCCUUCAUCUAUUGGAAGUGAAAAUGCUUCUUUUGGGAGCCCUUGCUCUGUGAACUCCAGACAUUUCCUGAUCCCUCCAGCGGACAAUAAAGACUCUAUCAGACCAACCCACGUUGGCUGGUCAAUAUCUUCACUGUUUCAAGCCAAGCAAGAUGAAUGAGUGCAAGUAGACCAAUAUCCUACGGCACCACCUUGCAUGCCCCUCCAGCUGCUCAUUAAUGAAGACAUUCAUAGCUGGCAUCCAUUGACUUGGGGAGUAGAAUGCGGUCUUCUUUUCUUACGGCAUUAGUAUCAAUGCAAUCAUUGGUUCAUUCUCUUAAAGGGCAAAAGACUGAUUUUAAGGGAUUUACCAGGUCAUGGAGAAUGUGCAAAAAUUUUAACUUGUGUAGAUGCUGCAUAUGUCCCUUCAUAAGAAAAGCCACCAGGCUAGUAUUGGCUAUGGCAGUCCGAUGCCGCAUGGUGUUGUUCCAUGACUGUAAUGGCUAAGUGGAAGCAAAUGUGCACAUCAGUCAUUUUUGGUGAUGACAGUGGAGUAUACAUUGUCACGUCAAGCUUCCCGGAGUCUAUGGUUCUUAUAACUGGUGUUGCUGGACUGUUAAAUCUGGUGGUUGACACAAUAUCCUGGUAGAACCAUGCACUAUGUGGUCCAGUCACAUCCAUGGUCCAGUCUUCUUCGUGUAUGGAGUAAUGAUGGACCCGUGGUGGGAUUGUCUAUGUGCUGGAACUGCGUGUGUAGUAAUAAAAUAGAAAUGUAUAUAUUUUAUUAUUGCACAAAAAAAGAUUUGAAGGGCCAAACAAGAUGGUGGUUUAUUGAUUUCCGAAUGAUCAGCCACCUGAAAACAAGAAUUAUAAUAGAGUGGAAAUAAUCUUGGUUGGCCGGGACUGUGGCAGCUUGGCAAUUGGAAUAAUUUUUUUUUUUUUUUUAUUUCAAACCUGUUACGUCCAGAUCAAAAUUUCAGAUGGUCACAUGUUUCUAGAAGGGUUAGAACCACUAAUUAACCCCAAUAAAAAAGGGUUUAAACUACA